CAGCCACAAAGUGCAGCACGUUGUCAGAGACCUGCGGCUUUGUGAGUGUGUGUGUGGGUCACUGAAGCACAAACAAACUUGUUGUUUGCAUCCUGUCGUGGAAGUCCAACGGCGCGUGUGCUGUUGUGUGUGCGUGUUGUGUGUUUGAGAGGUGUGCUAGCUGUCCGAGCAAGUUCAAGAAUGAAGAGAGGCAAGAAUGCAGAGGAUGCAGCCGCAGAUGGGGAGAACGACUCCGGCUCUGCUUCUGCAAAGAAAACAAAGAAGGCCAAGGAACCAGAGGCCCCGAUUCUGUACGAGGAUCCUCCCGACAAAAUGACCAGCAAAGAUGGACGUGACGCCAACAUGAAGAUCACCUCGUGGAAUGUGGACGGGCUGAGAGCGUGGGUGAAGAAGAAGGGCCUGGAUUGGGUGCGUGAGGAGGCUCCCGAUGUCCUGUGCCUGCAGGAGACAAAGUGUGGAGAGAAAGACCUCCCUGCUGAAAUCACCUCAAUGCCAGAAUACCCUCACAAGUACUGGGCCGUGUCAGACGACAAGCAGGGAUACAGCGGUGUGGCCAUGCUCUGCAAGACUGAACCCAUCAACGUCACCUAUGGCAUAGGCAAAGAAGAGCAUGACAAGGAGGGCCGCGUCAUCACUGCCGAGUUCCCUAACUUCUACCUCGUAACUGCCUACGUGCCAAACUCCGGCAGGGGCCUUGUGCGCCUAGAUUACCGCAAGACCUGGGACGUGGACUUCCAGGCAUACCUGAGCGAGCUGGACAUGCAAAAGCCUCUGGUGCUGUGCGGCGACCUCAAUGUUGCACACCAGGAGAUCGACCUGAAGAACCCGAAGGGCAACAAGAAAAACGCAGGCUUCACCCCCGAGGAGCGCGAGGGCUUCAGUCAGCUGCUGUCCAACGGUUUCGUCGACAGCUUUCGAGAGCUCUACCCCGAUCAGACCCACGCCUACUCCUUCUGGACCUACAUGAUGAACUCCCGUGGAAAGAAUGUGGGCUGGAGGCUCGAUUACUUUCUGCUGUCGUCCGGUCUGCUGCCCGGCCUGUGUGACAGCAAGAUCCGCAACCAGGCGAUGGGGAGCGACCACUGCCCCAUCACUCUGCACAUCGCCGUGUAGGUCAAGGUAGCUUUGAUUGUCGUCCUCGUACUACUGUUACCACUUGGCUGAUCAUGGUUACCAGUGUGUGUUAUAGGGGGAGAUGCCCUACUCAGGCAGGGGUGUCUUACAUGGGUGAUGUGCUGCCCAAACUCACUCUCAGUAGGAUUAGUUGUCUUGUACUAUUUUUGCAGUUUUCACACAUGUACUUCAUGAAACAAUUCAAAGGCCCGUUUGUCUUCUUCAUGUAAGUUUGUCAAUAAGCUCAGUGAUUAUAAAGGAUUCUGUGAAGAAGCAACACUAAGUUUUCAAAGAUGUCUAAGCUGAAUUUCAUUUAGGUCCUGUGACAGGUUACAGAACCUGUGUUGUGUUUCAUAAUGUUGCCACAGCUGUUGGCAAAAAAAUCAAAUGUGAUUCGGUCAUGCACUAAAGUGUUUAAACCUCUUUUCCAAACAUGUUUUACAUUGUCUCUACAGUUACAUUCCCUCAAUAAAGACUGAAUUUAUAGAAAA